AUGCCCAAAGCAACAAAGCACAAUGGCAAGGCCCCUGUCGCUCCUCCGCGAUCCCAAACACCUCCAUGCACCCCUAUCGAUGAAAGCCCCCAGCAUUGCGUUCAGCAGCCCAUCACACGAAAGGACCUGGAAGAUCUUCUUCUAAAAGUCAUUUACGAAGUCAGAGCAUCGAAACCCAACGUCUCUGCAGACCCUGCGGGCGACCCUGCCGACCCAGAGCAAGCUAGCAGCGAAGACCAAGAGAAGGAUGAGAAAAAGAUUCACGCCUCCAAGGCUGAAUAUAAGACCGUCGAUGAAACAUAUGCUAAUACUCGCAUAAUACCCCGUACCUUGCUAACGGGAUAUGCACAGCUGGGAUUCCAAGGAAAGGUUGGUGAAUUGGACGAAUAUGCAUUCAUCAUUCGCAAACGUAUUCACAAGGAGACCGGCGAGCCCAUUGUUUAUGUUGACAUCAAAUCACCGGGCCUGCGAGACAUCGUAAGAGUUGUGUUGAAGGAUAUUAGAACAGCUGGCCUUGAGGCAGACAAACCUGCGGUUGAACGGAAUCUGCUAUACCAUUUCCUUGCCGAGUUGAAAGAGCACCUCAGGUUGGAUGAAGAACAAGAUAAGCAAGGCGACAGGGCCUUGGUCCACUUGGGCCUGAUGAUACAGUAUCUGGAGGAAACGUACCAGUCCACCUCAGAGGAACUGACUUCACUCUUGAAACACCGGAAAAUUUCGUACGGUCUUCUCUGGGCAUUGUUCAAACCGGGCGCCUUAGUCUAUAUGACCUGCCCUUCCACCGGUCUGUCCCGCUGUGUUCGGUACAGCUUUGGCGAGGAGAAAAGAAUAAGCAGUGGUACCUGCUUCCAAAUCCAUGGCCACUAUUUUGAUUUUGACGGGGAGGCGUUUGGUAUGUCAACCGAGACUCUGUCAAUAGAGACUUUUCGAGGAGCGAAGCGACUUGAAAACCUCCCAGCCUAUCCUCUAGAAUACCACCCGGAUCCAGCAAUCAAAUCACGUCUGGUUGCAAGGGGUCAGAAAUUUGUUUCAUUGAUGGGCUGCUAUCACCGUCAAUAUCAGGGAAAUUUGUUUGUUCAAGGGAAGAACAAACUCUUGAAAAUCCGUGUGAACAGUAGGAUCAUGGUCGACGCUGAGCUUUUCAGGACGAUGAACCCAAAUUAUGCGAGAUUGGAGGCUAAAAAGGCGACUGUCUUCGAUAUAUUGGGUGAGGCUUCAGAAAGCAAAAGCGUUCGUCGUGUAAAAGGUAGCGGUAUGGCUCCUAAUGAGAUGGUGGAUUGUGACUUGGCUAUCUGCAGCCCAACAGUACUCGGCUUUUCCCUGAAUGAAAAGAUUUGGGAAGAAUUUGCUGUGGAGGAUGUUGACGAGAUCAAAUUCUCCAGCACCCCAUUUGACAUGUUAACCAUCCCUGAGGAUAUGAAGAAGGUCAUCAAGUCUCUCACGGAGAGCCGUGUCAGCGCGACAAAUGGAGAAGGCUUCGAUGAUGUCAUUGCGGGAAAGGGCCAGGGUGUGAAUAUCCUUUUGCGCGGCCCGCCAGGAGUGGGGAAAACGCUUACGGCAGAGGCCAUGGCUGAACAACUUGAACGGCCACUCUACUCAAUCUCCUCUGGCGACUUAAGUGCGAGAGCUGAGGAAAUGGAAGUCCAGCUUACUCGUACGUUCCGCAUGGCUAGUGGCUGGGGGGCGGUCCUGGUACUAGAUGAGGCCGAUCUGGAACGAAACCGCCUUGUCACUACAUUCCUUCGCACUCUUCAAUACUAUCGUGGAAUUUUCUUCCUCACCACCAAUCGCCUCAGCGAUUUUGACGAAGCCAUCCUUGAUUGGAUCGACCUAAAGCUCCGGUAUGACAACUUGGAUCCCUCGGCCCGACGGAGUAUUUUCAGCCACUUUCUCAUUGAAGCAAAGGCGGAGGUUGAGAAAGAGGAGCUUUGUAGAUUUGCUGAAAUCAGUCUGAAUGGUCGUCAGAUCAAGAACAUUGUGAAAAUUGCCCACAAUGUUGCUAUAGCUGACGGUGCCAGACUGUGUCCAACUCAUAUUCGAACAGCUCUGACGGCAAAUGGGUAUACCAUUCCCACUGCAGGCGCUUUGGCAUUUGACAGCAGCUUGUAUGAAUGA